UUAACAGCAUUGUUACACCACAUCUUUUGUACAAAUCAUGUAAUUUUUAGAACCAGUCAACCUAAUCCACAGAGGUAAGAAGGGCUCUAAUGAAUUUUCUCAUAUCUACAAAUUCCUGCCACACAUGAAAGAAAAAUUCAGAGUUUGAUUCUUUGGAAGCAGAAAGAUUGUAAAAGUAGAGAUUUUGGAAGAGAGCUGUAAAAUCCCAUUGUCUCAACAUGACAGGGACAUUGCACUCAUGAACACAUGGCAGCUGGGGUUAGCUGCACAAAAUCAGUCCAUCUUGUAGGCAGAACAAAUUUUAUGUUGAAGCAUAUGUGGCUUGGUUGGUGUCUUAGUCUCUCCAUUGGAAGUCUUGCCUGGUUACAGUAGAUGGCUGGUUGAGGUUCCUUAACCCCUAUUGCAAGGUAUUUUCAUUAGGGUCACCCUUUUUGAUUUCCACAGUAUUUCCACUGCUCUGUUUCUAGCUCAUCCUAGCGAUGUCCUUAGAUUCCAGUUGUUUCUCCCAAUACUUCUAUACUCCAUCCUCAGCUAAUUUGAGCCCUCCUGUUUCCAUCCCCAUUCCCUCUUCUAGGCCUACAUUCCCCAUCUACUUGAAAUGUCUACUUUUCCCCUUUACAGUGAGAUUUGUGCAUUCCCCUGAUUCCCUUGAGCCAUCCUUAUUAUUUACCUUCUCUGCUUCUGUGGUAGGAGAGACCAACUAAUGAAUAACCCAGCUGGAGAUACCCUGAAAGUGAGGCCACCAAGGAGGACCAGGAUCCAUGGGAUGGAUAACCCAGAGACCCAGGAUAGAACCAAACAGAUAUGCACUGAAGAAUUGAGACAGAAAAGAGUACCUAGAGACUUACUGACAGAAAUUGAUGGAGCUCUCUGAAAGAAGAACUAAAUAAAUACUUAUUCCAUGCUUGUUAUGGGUUUGCCAUUGUAUAGGUAAUUAUGAACAUGUGUUUCCUGAUGAAAUGGAUUCAUGAACCUCUUUAGAAUUCAUAGUAGGACCUCUUCUGAAGUGUUUUUGAAGCAAAACAGAUAGAUUAUUAAAUGGGACAGAGUAACAAUGUCACAGAAUUUAUCCUCCUGGGCCUCACUCAGGAUCCUACUGGACAAAAGGCAUUGUUUGUUAUGUUUUUGCUCAUGUAUGUUGUGACAGUUGUGGGCAACCUGCUCAUUGUGAUGACAAUUAUUUCCAGCUCCUCUUUGGCCUCCCCAAUGUACUUCUUUCUUGCCUUUCUCUCGCUGAUGGAUGCUGUUUACUCCACUACCAUCUUGCCCAAGUUGCUCAAAGACUUAGUUUGUGAUAAAAAGACCAUAUCCUUCACAGCUUGUCUGGUUCAGCUUUUUGUAGAGCACUUAUUUGGUGGUGCGGAGGUCUUUCUUCUGGUGAUGAUGGCCUAUGAUCGUUAUGUGGCUAUCUGUAAACCACUACACUACUUAAACAUCAUGAAUCAACAAGUUUGUAUCUCACUCUUGGUGGUUGCCUGGAUGGGAGGUUUUGCCCAUGCUCUGGUUCAAGUUCUCUCUGUGUAUAAACUUCCAUUUUGUGGACCCAAUGUCAUUGAUCACUUUGGCUGUGAUAUGUACCCAUUAUUAGCACUUGCAUGCACUGACACCUAUUUUAUUGGCCUCACUGUUGUUGCCAAUAAUGGAGCCAUGUGCAUGGUGGUCUUUGUCCUUCUGCUAUUCUCCUAUGGAAUUAUAUUAAGCUCCCUUAAGACUCACAGUCAGGAAGGGAGGCGCAAAGCUCUGUCCACCUGUAGCUCCCACAUCAUUGUGGUUAUCCUUUUCUUUGUUCCUUGCAUUUUCAUGUAUGUUAGACCUGUCUCAAACUUCCCUAUUGAUAAAUCUAUUUCUGUUUUUUAUACGGCUAUUACUCCAAUGUUGAAUCCUUUGAUAUAUACACUGAGAAAUUCAGAAAUUAAAAAUUCUAUUGGAAAGCUCUGGUAUAAAAUAUUAAAUGUAGAUAAAGUCAGAAUUUUUCCUUACUGA